AUGGUGGCGGGCUCGGUGGUGGUGGUGGCUCUGCUGGCCGGCGUGGCUUUCUUUGACGAUGCGCGCUGGUUGGUCGCCACCCAGAUGGCGGCGCCGACGUGGGGCAUCGGGAGUGUGGUGGCGGUCAUCUACGACGCAAGUGCCGCUCACAUGGCAGUGCUGGAUCAGGUUCGAUGCGAGCCGUGCUCGCGAGUCCUCGAGAUCGGGCCGGGCACAGGCCGUGUGCUCCCGUAUCUGGUGGCGAGGGCCGGUGGGCCCGGCUUCGCUCACGUGGCCGCCAUCGAGCGUGCGCCAGCCAUGUGUCGCGCACUUGGUGCAUUGUACGGGUCUUGGAUCGACGCAGGCACACUCUCUGUUGCCUGCAGGGACGUCCAGCUCACGCCAGUCCCGUUUGAAGCCCAAGCCGCCUUUGAUCUGGUCACUUGGCAUGGCCUUCUCGAGCACCUAGAAGAUCCGAUCGAAGUCCUGGAGAACAUACAUGCUCUCCUUGCGCCACACGCCCGCAUUGUGUCAUGUGGUGCUUCCGACGCUGCCCGCAGUACCGCCGUGUGGUGGGCCAAGUACCUGGCCCAGCCCCACAUGGACGAAGCCGAGCACGUGGCGUGGUUUGAAGACGCUAGCUACGUGGUCGAUGGCGUGCUGCGAUCACCAGAUGGCCUUGUCACUUGUGUUGUAGCCAUGCCAGCAUAG